AUGUCGAACGAUCAACACGUCAAUGAAGCAUCCCGGACUCUCUCGUCUAUUGAAAUCACCACCACUAGGCCUCGACAGGAAAGCAAGCUGGCUCUUCUCCCCGUCGAAAUCCUCCUCAAGAUCACAGGUGAGCCUGGCAAGGAUGAAGAAACUCUCUCAACAAGUGAGUUCAAAGCCUUAGCUGUGAGCUGCUCAAACCUUUUCCGCUAUGCCCGCCCAAUGUACUAUCUCGCCGACAACGGCACCGCCUUUCGUCUUGCCCUCGAGCGUGGCGACAUCGAUGCCAUCAAACGGUGUGCUCAGUUUGAAGCCGCACCUGAUACCAAGUGGAAACUUUCACAUUAUUGCAAGUGCCCAGCUGAAUGGGCACACAAACGCCAUAGUCCCGUUGACGCUUUGCUGGAGAGCGUUGCCAUCGGCAGCGUACCCAUCGACAAGUGUGUCGAAAUCUUGCGCUGGCUAUUGGAAAACGGAUACGAGGCGAGUGAACAAGCAGACCAAUAUUGGUGGGUGAGAAAUGAUUACGGCGAUCACAUGCCUGAACUUGUGGUUACUCUACUGAAUGACAGUCCUGAUCAGGCCUCCACUGAAGGUAUUUUCGAGAUGAUUCAGCUUUUAAAAAGUCACGGACGUUCUUUGCCUUUUCACAUGAGCAUUGGUGAAUGCCGAUCUUUGUUUGAACCAUAUGAGACCAAGCCACGAGCCUUGAUCCACAGUCCGAUGGAUGUGGCUUUCAGGUCCCAUUGCCCAACGGAGUUUAUUGAGGUGUUGCUCCAAGAGUAUCAAAAUCGUCAGAUCGAUGUCAAAGUUUGGCAUUCACACCCUUCUCCUGAAAUAGAAAGAUGGGCAGGAAAAUAUACGAGACGAUGCUGGAGAUUUCAAGAGACCAAUGUUGGGAAUUUGAUCAGGGGCUUGUUUCAGGACCUGGUAGAUCCGAUGACGCCCUGGAAAGAGACAUAUCACGGCGAAGCAGCUGAUAUCUUUGAACGAAAGCUUAAACUUUUAGUCGAGUAUCAGUUCAUUGAAUCCCACGAGGAGAUACUUCUACAGAGCGUGCUACAAGCCUUGCGAGACAUUGCUGAAUCAGUCAAGACUCAAGGUGGAACCGUCCAAGACGGCGAUAGAGAGGUAUGGACCAGGCUUUAUGAUUCUAUCCGCCCUCACGCAACCAACGAGGAUAUCCAGGCUCGUCAUAUAAAGAACAACGAAGAAUGGGGGAUCCAGGACCCUAAGCGAACUCAUCGAUUUAUCAUUGAAAGCACGUGGGACCCCUACGAUUUCUGGUUCCGGUAUGAGCUGCAGAAGCCCAGUGUUCGGAACCAAUAUUCUCGCGUUUGGACCUCGCGACCCUAUUUUCGUUUAUACGAGUCAGGAAUGACUGGGAAAUUCGUCGAUUUGGAAUGGAACAGGAUCGUCGAAACGAGAGAGCGCCUGGAAGAUUUCCCUGCAUGGUAUGAUAUAACGUACGGUGAGUUCGUGGCCGCUGUAGAACGAUUCUGGGAGAAGUAUAACCUGGACAGGGAGGAUCCUGACCCUGACUCGUGGUCUGGUUGGGUCCGUGCUAUUGAAAGGCAAGAGUAUCUUGAUGAAACCCACUGGUAG